AUGGAGGAUGAGGAGAAAAAUGUUGUGAAAGGAGAGGAGAAACCACUCAAGGCCAAGGACCCAGAAAGGAAGAAUCCACUUGAAGAGCCUAUGCCAAUUCCAUUUCCAACUUUGGCUAAGAAGGCUAAGAAGCAAGAAAAACUUGACCCCAACAUGGUGGAAAUUUUUAAGAAUGUUAAAGUCACCGUCCCUCUCUUUCAAGCUAUUCAACAAGUGCCCAAGUAUGCCAAGUUCCUCAAAGACGUUUGCACACACAAGGACAAAAUUGGCGAAUUCAACAAAAGGCCGGUAGAUGAUUCUAUCUCUUCUCUAAUUCCUGAAAAAUGCAAUGAUCCCGGCCCAUAUUUGGUUACUUGUUUGAUUGGUGGGAUAAAGUUCACGGAUUGUAUGUGCAAUUUGGGGGCGUGCGUAAUCAUUAUGCCACUCCCCAUUUAUGAGAGAUUGAACUUGUCACCCUUAAAGAGGUCCGUGGCGAGAUUCGUGUUGGCUGAUAAGAGCAUUGUAUCAGUUGUGGGGAUUGCGGAAAAUGUCCUAGUUGACAUCCAAGAUUUACUCUUCCUAGUAGAUUUUCACAUCUUGGAGACCCCUCCCAUUAACUCAGACAAACCAUCAUCCAUUCUACUCGGAAGGCCGUUUUUGAAGAAAUCCCGGUUCAAGCUAGAUGCACAUUCAGGAGUCUAUUCUUUUGAGGCCGAUGGCAAGGUAGUAAAGUUCACCUUGGAGGAAACCAAGCAACCCAUUCUCAAAGCUUACUCUAUCUUUGGGUGCGAUAUAAUUGAAGAUUAA